UGGACGAACAGAGCAGCGUCAUAAUGUCACAGCCGCCUCUCCUCGUCCUGUACGGGAGCCAGACUGGCACUGCCCAGGACACGGCCCAGAGGAUCGCACGGCAGGCCAAGAGGAAGCGUCUGCAAGUUCAAGUGCUGCCUUUGGAUAACUACAACAUGGCCAACCUGAUCUCUGAGUCUCUGGUGGUUUUUGUGUGUGCCACCACAGGCCAAGGAGACCCUCCAGACAAUAUGAAGAACUUCUGGAGGUUUCUCUUCAGAAAAUCUUUACCUGUUGGGUCUCUGAGUCGCCUGGACUGUGCUGUACUGGGCCUUGGGGACUCCUCCUAUCCAAAGUUCAAUUUUGUGGCCAAGAAGCUUCACAAGCGCCUCCUGCAGCUGGGAGCCAGCGCACUGCUGCCUGUCGGGCUGGCAGACGACCAACAUGACCUGGGGUCAGAUGCUGUGAUUGACCCGUGGCUCGCUUCAUUUUGGGAGAAAGUAUUGACCCUGUACUCAUCUUUGGCUGAUGUGACACCACUGAGGGAAGAUGAACCACUUCCUCCAACAUACACGUUCCACUUCCUGGAUGAUGUGAAAGAGGAGACAGGUGACAGGCUGAGGAUAACCACAGACCAAACUGUCCCCUCCCAGUCUCAUCCCUUUCCUGCCAGACUGGUGUCCAACAGGAGAGUCACAGACCCGUCACACUUCCAGGAUGUGAGGCACAUCGAGUUCGACAUCACUGGAUCCAGCAUUCAGUUUGCAGCCGGUGACGUGGUGAUGAUGUGUCCUCGUAAUGCACCAGAAGACGUAGAACAAUUCUGCCAACUGCUGGGAUUAGAUCCAGAGGGAAGGUUCACUCUCAGGCCCACAGACAACACUGCAGUUCCAGCCAGGCUUCCUCAGCCCUGCUCUGUGCGCCACCUGGUGGAGAGUUACUUGGACAUCGGCGCUGUCCCCCGCCGCUCCUUCUUUGAGAUGCUGUCUACCUUCUCCAACAAUGAGCUGGAGCAAGAAAAGCUGGUUGAGUUCAGCUCAGCGGCAGGACAGUCCGAGCUGCACAGCUACUGCAACCGGCCCCGACGCACCGCACUGGAGGUUUUGGCAGAUUUCCCCCACACUACAGCACAACUCAAAGUGGACUAUCUCCUGGAUCUUUUCCCUGAGAUCCAGCCUCGCUCCUUCUCCAUCGCCUCCUCUCUCCAGGCUCACCCACACAGGCUUCAGAUCCUGGUAGCUGUUGUCCGGUACAAAACCAAGAUACAUAAACCACGAAGAGGCCUCUGCUCCACCUGGUUAGCCUCCCUGGACCCCGCUCAAGGGGAGGUGUAUGUGCCUCUGUGGGUGAAGAAGGGCACUCUGAAGUUCCCUAAAGACAGGGACACCCCUGUGAUAAUGGUUGGACCUGGAACAGGAGUGGCGCCAUUCAGGUCUGCUAUACAGGAGAGGAUUGCUGAAGGAAAAACCGCCAAUGUCCUGUUCUUCGGCUGCCGUUCAGAGUCCAGAGACUUCUACUUCAGGUCAGAGUGGGAGGAGAUGAUGAAGGCGGGACACCUGACCCUCUUCACUGCCUUCUCACGAGACCAGGAGGACAAGGUUUACGUGCAGCACCGUGUGAAGGAGAACGCUGAGCUGCUGUGGGACCUGAUCGCCAAUAAAAGUGCCUGUUUUUACAUCGCUGGCAACGCCAAACAGAUGCCAGCCAGUGUGAGUGACGCUCUGAAGGAGGCGUUCCAGCAGGAGGGAGGCAUGUCAGCCGACGAGGCUGAGCAAAUGUUUGAAGCCAUGGAGAGGACGGGCCGACUCCAGAGUGAGACCUGGUCCUGAUCACAUGAUCUCAGCCCACUGCUCCUAAGAGUUCACAUUCAGGGUCUGCUGCCAUGUUGAGGCAUGAUACAAUCCCUGCUGUGGAUUUAUUCAUGAACUAAUCUAAGUUAAAUGGUCCAAAUCCAGCUUCCUCUCAAUUUGAAUCACAGCUCAGGUGUUUGUCCUGAGGUGCUGCAGGUAACGUCUCCAACAGCCUCCUCACUGACAGACAGAAUACACUUGUUGGACCUGCUCACACUGUCAUACAUUCAUACAGCCUGCUGAGGUGGUUUCACUUAGUCAAAGAAAACAGUCACAGUGCCCCACACGUUACUUUAACAAACAGCUCAAACAUAACAACCCGAACCCAAGCUGAGGGAAUAGUUGCAUUUGGAAAAGUGCUCGUUCACUUUCCUGCCAAGACUGAGAGAAGAGGAUCAAUACUAGAGCUGAACAAUUCAUCGAAAUAUAAUUGAAAUAAGAUCAUGAUGAGAUAAGGCCAAGUGCAAUAUCCAAAUCACUUUUUAUUGAUAAAGGUAAAAUGUGUCACAUUGUUAGCACCAUAAGUGUUGUGUUGCUACAGACACGCCCCGCACUACAAAUCAUAUUCUCCCGAUGUACAGGGACAUGUUUGUUUGAUACAAGACCAACAAAAGUCACAUCAUCAUUUUUAAAUGUUUUAAGUGAAGAUGACCCAUGCUGGGGCGGCAUGGUGAUGCAGUGGGUAGCACUGUUGCCUUACAGCCAGAAGGUUCUGGGUUUGAACCCCAGGCUAGGGGCCUUUAAUGUUUGCGGGUUCUCCCUGUGCCUGCGUGGGUUCUCUUCAGGUACUCCAGCUUCCUCCCACAGUCUGAAGACGUGCACAUUACAUUACAAACAAAACUGCAACAUGUAGUUUUUAUUUGUUUGCCAAACCUCUGCAGUGAACAGUUGGAAACAGUUCAGCAGGUUUCUAACAUUUAAUUCAGCUGUAGCCAAAGUUGUGCUACUGUUUGCCAGCACAUAAACACCUGAGCAGGGACAGUGUCGGCGUCACACCCACGUGUUUAGAUGUAAUGAGUGAUUUAUGAAAGAGCAGUUCAUUAGUCUUAGUGGAGCCUAGAUCAUUGUGCAGUGAUUUGAACACAGUGAACAACUUUAAAUUUUGCCUUAUCUAACCGGGAACCUUACUACCUUGUCUCUGCUGCUUCACACCACAGUGGCUGCUGGCUCAGCUCCUCACUGCGGAGUGACAGUAAACUUUAUAGAAACAUAUUCCAUUUAGAAAAUGAGUAAAACUGAAAUAACACACUGUGUAUUCUUAAAAUAAAGAUUACUGUGUGUUCUAAUGAACUGCAGUGCCAUGAACAUGUGAUUUACUGUAUGUAACAGUAAAUAAACAGGUUAACUGGAUGGGUGAUGCAGGCAGCCAUUAACACACAAAAUACACUGCAACAGCACUACCUAGUGGUGUAUUUAAGAUACUGCCUGAUAUAAUCUUUGCUGAACAGGAGCCACAGAUUUGCUCGCACCAGACCAUGUAGACUGUAGCUGUAAACCUCUGAGUGAACUGAACUGAGCAAGGGUCUGUUCUGCUGCUCAUAAAAUCAACUCUUCAUUUAUGAAAGGUUAUUUCUUUUCCGAAAGUUACACAGUAGUUACACACUUUCAAGUUUAAAGUAAAAUCAUAAAUGAUCUCUUUCCACAGAGGGUCCAGGUGCAGUGAGGUUUACUAUGUCAGUUUUCAUUAAUGAUGUCAUUGGAGAAACAAUGUAAGAACUUCCCUCUGUUGCUCUGAUUGGACCUUUAAUUCAUCAUGAAUGAAGGAGAGCAGCACAGUUACAGUAGCUGUUCUUCUCUGACUGAAACACUGAACUUGCAAUGUUUUUUUUCUUCAGUAAAGAUCCAUUCUUAAUUUUAUUUACUUGUAAUUAAUUGUAAUCACUAUUAAAUUGUAUUUGUUAACGUGGCAUGUUUGGGAAAAUAAAUUACCCACUUGCAGUGGAGUGUAUGAUAUGCAAAAACAGAUUUUCACAUUUUCAGAUCAAAUUAAAGGUGAACCUGAUGAGAUGCUUUUAAAGGACAGUUUCACUCUGGGGGUGCAAGACUUAUAUAUACAGUGUCAAAACAGAAUUGUCUUCUAAAGUCAUUUUAAAUGUGCUCUGUAUGAAAUGAUGUGGGAGUUUCCUGUUUGAAUUCUGGUUUGUAUGUUAAAGUACUCAUUAAACACCGUCUCCACACUGAAGUGCUGCAGCACAGACUGUCUAGAGAGGAGAAUCAAA